AUGCCCAAUAUUGUUUUAGUCGAUGCCGCAAGAACACCUUUUUGCAUGUCUGGGACUCAUUACAAAAAUUUAAUGGCGUAUGAUCUCAUGCGUGGGGCAAUGAUAGAAUUAGUUUCUCGAACAAACCUCCCAAAAGAUGCUUUAGACCAUGUUGCUGUUGGCACUGUUGUACAAGAAGCACAAACUUCUAAUAUCGCUCGAGAAGCACUAUUAACUGCCGGCUUUUCCGAUAAAGUUCCGGCUCAUACGGUAACGAUGGCCUGCAUAUCGGCCAAUCAAGCAAUAACAUCGUGUAUGGGUUUAAUUGCUACCGGCCAAGCCGAUACGACUAUUGCUGGCGGUGUAGAAUUUCUUUCUGAUGUUCCUAUUAGAUUAUCACGCGGACUACGUCAAAAAUUGAUGGAUAUGGCCAAAAUUAAAUCCGCCGGCGGUAAAAUUACCUCCCUUGCUUCUCUAAAAUUAAAAGAUAUUGGUUUAGAGCCACUGGGUGUAUCGGAAUUUUCUUCCGGCGAGACGAUGGGCCAUAGCGCAGAUCGUCUAACUUCAGCAUUUAAAGUUAGUCGCAAUGAGCAAGACAGCUAUAGCAUACGUUCUCAUACACUAGCUGCAAAAGCGACUAAAGAAGGAAAUCUGAGUGAUCUCUUUCCUUUUCAAGUGCCAGGCACUACUAAUGUUGUCAGUGCUGAUAAUGGAAUUAGAGUGUCAACACCAGAACAAAUGGCUAAGUUAAGGCCAGCUUUUGUUAGACCCUAUGGUACUGUCACUGCUGCAAACUCCUCAUUUUUGACGGAUGGUGCAAGUGCUGCUUUAAUUAUGUCGGAGGAAAAAGCACUAGAAUUGGGUUACAAGCCUAAGGCAUACCUACGCCAAUUUGUAUACGUAUCGCAAGAUCCAAGAGAACAGUUGCUGUUAGGCCCUGCUUACGCCACUCCUGCUGUAUUAAAGAAAGCUGGUUUAAAUUUAUCAGAUAUUGAUGUUUUUGAAUUUCAUGAAGCUUUCGCAGGUCAGAUACUAGCCAACUUGAAAGCCCUAGAUUCUGAUUGGUUUGCUCAAAAGUAUAUGGGCAGGUCAACCAAGGUCGGUGUUCCACAAUUAGAAAAAUUCAACUUAUGGGGUGGAUCUUUAUCUAUUGGACACCCCUUUGGUGCGACUGGUACUCGAUUGGUAUACCAUGCAGCUGAAAGACUACGCAAAGAAGAUGGGAAAUAUGCUUUAGUUGCUGCGUGUGCAGCUGGUGGUCAAGGCCAUGGCAUUAUUGUAGAGCGUUAUCCAUCUAAAUAA